CCCUUCCGCCUACGGCAGCCGGGCGCGGCCGCUAUGGAGGCGGUGCCGCCGCUCUUCUGCUUCGGUGUCAUCGCGGACAUCCAGUACGCGGAUGCGGAGGAUGGGUACGACUUCUUGGGGCGCCGGCGACGGUACUACCGGCACAGCCUUAACCUGCUGCGGGCCGCGGUGGAAGCGUGGGCAACUGAGAAGCCGCCGCUCGCCUUCGUGCUGCAGCUGGGGGAUAGCAUCGAUGGCCUCAACGCCCGCAGCGGCCAGUCCGAGCGUGCCCUGGAGCAGGUGCUGGCAGCGCUGGGGCGGCUGCCGGUGCCGGUGCAUCACGCGUGGGGCAACCACGAGUUGUAUAACUUCAGCCGGGCUCGCCUGGUGCACACCGGCCUCAACAGCCGCUCCUGCGGGGCCGCGGCCGGUCCCCCCGCCAGCGACUGCCAGGCCUAUCACUUCAGCCCGGCCGCGCAGUUCCGUGUCGUCGUGCUCGAUGGCUAUGACCUGAGCACGCUGGGCAGGGAGCCCGGCAACCCCCGCUACCAGGAGUCCCUGCAGCUGCUGCGGAAGAAGAACCCUAAUGACAACCUCAACGACCCCACAGGACUUGAAGAACCUCAGUUUGUAGAGUUCAACGGAGGAUUUAGCCAAGCCCAGCUGGACUGGUUCAAUGAAGUCCUCAAGUUCUCUGAUGAAAACCAAGAAAAAGUCAUAGUUACGGGUCACCUGCCCAUUCAUCCAGAUGCCUCAGACUGGGUUUGCUUUGCCUGGAAUUACAAAGAUGCCCUUUCGGUCAUACACGCCCAUCAGUGUGUGGUCUGCUUUCUUGCAGGGCACCUGCAUGAUGGUGGCUAUUGUUUAGACUCACAUGGAGUUCACCAUCUGACUUUGGAGGGAAUUAUUGAAACUCCACCAGAAAGCAAUGCCUUUGGGACUAUUUAUGUCUAUAAAGAUAAAAUGAUACUAAAGGGAAGGGGCAGAGUUUCAGACAGAGUUAUGCACUUCUGAAAACAGUAAGCAAAUACAAAUUGCUGUUCUUCAGGAAGCACUUGAAUAAAAAUAGAGGAUUCAGCUUAUUAUGUGCUUGUAGAAAGAUGUGUAUGACUGAUCCUUAUAGGUUUAAUUCAAACAUUUUUCUCUUGGAUACUCAAUUUUAGGAAUUAUGUUUCUGUAAGAAAACAGACCUAAUUUAUUCAUGAAUGACAGAGACCAGUAUUCAUAUGUGAAAUAUACCUGAAUGCAGAAUAUUGACCUAAAACACCUGUUCCUGACUAGAUUGGUAUGUCCUGUGGAAAAAAAAUGAACCUCACAUUAUGAAUAUUGUCAAAAAAAAGCCACUUUUUUGUAUCAGUCAGAAUUAAAGUAUGCAGAAUUGUACCUGCCCAGCCAUUUCCAUGUUAGGUGGUUUUUUGAACAUCAUGAUCGGCAAUGUCUCAUGUCUAUCAGAAUUACUCUGCCUUGUAGUCUAAUGCAGCCUUCUUAGCAUUGCUUUAAAAGACUAAAACAAUCUUCAAAACCAGCUAAGCCCAAGGAAAACAGACAAUUUAUGCUACAUCCUUUAAUGCUGCAGAUACACCUGCUGGGAACUAGGCAGCAGCACUGGGUGAAGAAGCCCUGACAUGGAAGGAUGUUGCUGCACUGCAUCUGGACCUGUGUGGCUCUCCCAGCCCAGUAUAUUCACCUGAGUGUCCUCAUCCAGGAUCAGUAGCAGUGGAACAUGGUGGCUGCCACUGGGCUGCCUUCCAGGAACUGAACUGCUGUGAGAAUCAGAGCUGUGUUAGUGACCACGUCUGCUGGGGACAGUCAAAGAGUGCACAUCCCACAGAAAAUAAAAGAUACAGAAGCUUU